AUGGGCAACGCGCAAUCAUCAUCGAGCGCGCGAGAAACAGCAGAGGAAGAGGAAAGGGAGAACUCGACGACGACGAGCGGACGACGAGAAGGAGAAGAAGUAAUAGUGGAAAUGUCUUCUGCUUCUUCGCCUCGUUCUCAAAGCGCUGAAAGAGAAGAAGAAAAAAACGAGGAGGCGAAAAGGAAAGAGGACGAGGAGGAAGAGGAUGGUGAGGAGGAGACAGAGGAGGAAAACAGAAUCGUGGCGUCGUGCAGAGUGUGCUUAGAACCGAUACGAAAAUCCGACGUGAUGAUUGAAAACAACAGCGCGUGUUUGUUGGGAUGUAAAUGUUCCCAAGUUGGCAUCCACUUAAACCGAGAGUGCGGGAUAAAAUAUCUGAAAAAUCUGCAACGACCGAACCAAACGCUGACCUUGUGCGAGGUGUGCCAAAGCCCAAUGUCUGAAUUCGCGACUAAAAUUCAACCGGUUUUAAACGCGACGACGACUUCGAGAAGGUCUUCUCCGUUUACGCUUCACGAUUCGGACGGUUUUUUGCACACUUUUUCGCGCCCGCGACGACGACCGGCUGAGUUGUGCGAAUUCUUUUGCUUCUUAGUCCCGUGUUUACCGUGCGUGGCGCUCGCCUACACCAACUGCUUCCACUCCACGUGCGUCUCUUUAAUGCGCUUCCGAGCGUAUAUUUUCCUCGGGCUCAUCCUUGCUCUGUUGAUCAUCUUUCUCUCCGACGUUUAUCUCACCAUGGAAGAUAAAUACGAGAGUCGCGUGAGAGAGCAAAGAAAGGAUAUCGACAACAACAGGCCUUCUAGAUAUCCGUCGAACGACGACGACUUUAACAACAACAACAACUUCAACGGCGGUAUGAAUUAUAACCCGAACGCGUACGAUUACUACUCGAGAGGGAGAGGAUAG